AUGUUGACUAUUACAACCGGGUUAGCCAACCUGGUAUGUAUUGGGUUCACCUUGAUCUAUGUUGCAGGGUUUUACAUUUUCAAAAUACCAGGCGACCGUAAUGAUCCACCAGUGAUAUUAGCACGUAUGAAAGCUGUUACUGUUGCAUCAAUUGUAUCAGCCGGCUUGGUUUGGUAUCUGUUGCAGUCCAGUGGAGUCAAAGAGAAUGCUAGUUUAGCAUUGGGGCUAGAGCAACCUACAACUUUAAUAUAUGCCAUCAAUCGACUGAGGCCCUUGUUACUCACCUUCAUGUUGUUCUUGGGACCAUUGUCUGUCAUGUUUUUCGAUCAGGAACUGCCAUGUCAACGACACUUUGAUUUCAGGAGAGAUGUUACAAUGAAUGUGAUGAACUUGUUGGGGCAACGUAAUUACAUUGUGGCUCCUUUAACCGAAGAAUUUGUGUUUAGAGCAUGCAUGAUUGCAGUUUUACAUCAAGCCAACUAUUCCAAGAAUUACCUGAUCUUUGUCUCGCCCUUAUAUUUUGGCAUUGCGCAUUUGCACCAUGCUUGGGAUAACUACAACAAAUUAGGUCGUUCUCGAAAAGCACUGCAGCAAGCACUUUUUUCAUCUCUGUUCCAAUUUGCAUAUACAACACUCUUUGGCUGGUACGCUAGCUACUUGUUCAUUCGUAUGGGCAGCUUGUGGCCACCUGUACUUUGCCAUUCAUUUUGCAACAUGAUGGGAUUUCCUGACUUUGGUGGCCAUCAUCAUCGAUCCACAUUUCAAAAGGGUGUGAUUUACAGCUGUUUCCCACUCGGCAUUUUACUGUUUGUCUGUUACUUGAAUCAGUUGACCCUCCCGUCAUCUGUAGGUGGAUCCAUGUAUUGGAAAUAG